AUGGAGAAGCUGGAGGAGAACGAGUCAGGUCGUUGGCCUGAGCUCCACGGGGGACCUGAGGGUCAGUACCAUAAAGAGGCCACGGGCCGAUGGAGAUCCCUGUCCCAGCCAUCAGCGCCACGCAGAAGCAGCACAGACGGCGGAUCAGCGGUAGACACGACGGUGGAUCCCGAAGUGAUGGCCUUUCAGAAGGCGGCACGCCAUGUGAAGCUGGAGACAGGUAAGCUUUGGGACGCGGCCCAGCGGCGGCUGGAUUCUAAGACCUUUGAGAACUUGAAGCGGCAGGAGGAGUUAGAGCGGGCCCAAGCUGAGGUGGCCUUUGAAAAAGCUCGGCUGGAAGCGACCUGGGCGAUGCUGCGUCAAAGCGCCGACCGCCAGGCCUUGGCAGAGAUCGCGCAACGGGCAUCCGGGGGCGAAGGUCGGUGCCUCUCCGUGGAAAAGGCUCGGCAGCUCUUCGAUCCCAGCGGCCUCGCGUCGACCUGCCUUCAUCCGAUGGAAUCCAAAGAGAUGGACUGGCAGAUGGGUGGAGCCGUCUCCCCGCAGCACUCCAGGUCCAAUACCUUUCGAAAGAGACCGCACAAACCGGACCCGCUCCGGGACCCGGUCCGCUGCGAGGUCGAGGUUGGCCUGGCCCGGCCCUUCUCCCCACCUGUUGUACGGGAGUCCGGGUGGCGCCGACCGUUUCGGCCAGAACAGGCGGGGUGGCAUGUGCCAGCUGAGUCAACGGAAGCCGCGUUGACAACGCGGAAAUGCGGUGGCGGUGUGGACUCCACCCAGCUACGCUUGCACGGUCGUUGGAUGGACUUAGCCACCCAGGCAGCCGAAGCGCCCACCUCAGACGCUAAGAAGAAGCUACUUGGUUCCGAAGGUGACGUUGGAAAACGCACCGCCUCGCAGAUCCUGGGGAUCAAGUUGAUCCUUGGCGGGAUGGUUUUGAUCUUCGGGGACACCGUGCUGUUGCCCAUUGCACUGGCCUGGGAUAUCUCGAUGUUCGAUCAGAGCGGCCAGGGUAGCAUGUUAUACGUCAGCUUUUGGAUUAGCUUGACCUUUUGGACCCUCGAUUUGGCGGUGAACCUCAACACGGCCACUUAUCGAAAGGGCACGCUGUUGACCUCACGCACACGGAUUCUCAUCAGCUACAUGACGGGAUGGUUGACCUUCGACCUUCUCCUCCUGUGCUUUGAUAUUGUUUAUCUCACCAGCGAGUCCUAUGUUUCGGUCGAGUUUCGAUUGCUAAGAGUGACCCGGAUCCUACGCCUACUUCGCCUGCUCCGGAUGCUCAAGCUGACGAAGGUCAAUAGCAUCAUCGAAGAGAGUGCGGCCAACAGCGGGCGUCAGUGGGUGACCGUCGUGAUCGCGAUCGUGAACACCACGAUGCUCAUCCUGGUUUGCGUGCACAUCCUCACGUGCAUGUGGUUUUGGGUGGGGCGCCUCACCGAGAUCCCAGUCUAUGAGGUCUCAGAAACUUUGAACGAAUAUGGCAACCUGGACGCAGCAUGGUGUGGCUACCCGCUGACCCUCACUGGAAGUUGGACACAGCUCGCCUUCGCCACGGAUCUCAACGUGCAUCCCGCCCUACAGUACCUCCAUGCCAUGAGAUGGAUCGUGAAUAGCCCAUCUCCGCCGGUGCUUGACCCCAACAGUGGCCUAGAACGAGGCCUGGACAUCGCCGUGUCCAUCUUCGUGAUCGCUGUGAUCGGUUCCGCGGUCUCCAAGAUCAGCGGGACCUUGGCGGAGUUGAGAGCCAUGAACGAAGCGAGAGAUCGUCGAAGGCGCGAGGUGCGCCAGUACCUCAGCAGCCAACAUGUCUCCUUUGAGCUCGUGGGUCGCAUCAUGCGCUUUGUGGACUACAGGCUGGAGAAGUUUUCCACCACAGCACUUGAUACAUCCCUGAUUUCGCCCACCUUGCAGCUGGAGUUGUACGUGGGUCAGCGAAGCAACUACGUUCUUGAAAUGCCCAUUUUCAAGCUGCUGAACGAAUGCUACCACGAUGUGUUUGGAUCGGUUUGCGCGGCGCUAAACAAGAAUGUCUACGAGAAGGAAGAGAAUGUCUUUGUGGCCGGAUCAUGGGUCUCCUACCUACACAUCACCGCAACCGGCACCUAUGACUACAUUGAAGGCUUUGACCAAGAAGGUGAAUGCCAUGAAUUCUCGGGCGUCAGGUGGUUCGGUGAGUUGAGCCUUUACACCGAGGGCACGCUGCAUCAGUCCUCGUUGUCUGCGCAGAGCUUUGCAGAGACCUUCACCUUAUCGGGCCAAGACCUCGCGGAGUGUGUGAAGCAGUCCAGGGGAUGUAUGUCUAUGUUUUGUGACUACGCCAAGGACUUUGUGUCGGCGAUGCAGGGCACCGCCACGAAGUGUGGAGAUGCGGAUCAAGUGGAGAAGGCCGCAUGGCUAGCACCUGAGGAGCUGUAUCCAGAUCCCAAGACGCGCUUGCACAACAUCCAGAUCCCCAGCACGGCGAGCACCGGGGGCGAGAGCUCCGAAUUAUCCGCUUUCGCACCCGGUGAGCAGGCGCGUGACGAAGAACGCACAGAGAAGUCGGAGGACGUGAAGAGUGCUCACUUUGACUUGGUGGACUUUAAGCUCAAGCGCGAGAAAGCAAAAGGAUUGACGGAUCCAGGCCUGGGCGGUUGGUUGUCUGCGAUGAUGAAAGCAGGGCAGAGCGUGGAGCUCGAUGAAACCCUCCCAGCCAAGUUGCAGGACUGGUGGCUUUCCAUUGAGCUUUUACCCGAGCUCAGCCCGGAAUUCUCUCCACACAUCGUCUUCGAGCAGAACGCCGAGCGCGACCGUGCAGAAUCCUCCUGUGGCUCGGAAGCACCGGAUCCAGUUGAGACCGGUCUGGCCCUGUCAGCAUGGACCCUUGGGACCUCUCACCUGGAUCGCUACGACAUCUUCACCAAGCCACAGGCGCCGAACGUGAAGCUGCGGGCCGAGUCGCUCGGUGACGCAGCUUCCGGCAAUGGCAUGAACUGCAGGAACUGGUGCGAUGGAUUGAAGCUGGGCAGCAGUAAGGUCCUCCUGGCCGUGCGGGGUCUCGGGAAGUCCAAGUCGGUGCUUCAGCAGAUGCCUCGUCACAUGCGACGCCCCGAGAAGGCCGUGCUCUUUCUGAUGGAAAGCGCCUCGGAAUGGCCGGGGAUGGCCGUCGCGAUCAGCGCGUGUCCGGUGGCGGCUCAAAAGAACAAGGAUGGGACCUUCAUCAACGAUGCCUUGGCGGUGCAUGAGCUCUUCAACUUGGCGCAGAUGUUGCAAGGAGAGAACUUGCCAGGGAACAUUGCACAGCUUCGAGAAUGCAUCGAUGAGAAAGGUCCCGAGGUCUUCCGGUUUUACAUUCUUUUCCUCUUGGGCUUCAUGAGUGGCAUCGCCGCUGGCCAGGGCUCCCGCUUCAUGAAUGGAAAGAAUGCCUCGUCAGUGAUCAGUGGUGUUCGACUGCUGAAGCGUUUGAUGGAGUGCAAUCCCACCGCCAUCUACUGGGGUUACUUAGAGGAACGAGCGCAGAAGCUUCGGGUGAGCUUCUAUUCAGCAGAGGACUUGGUUUUGACGCGCUUAUCAUGCCUUGCUCGUGCACAAGACGAGAAGGAUUAUUUGCUUUUGCGCACCUCUUGGGAUGCUCUAAAGGCCAGAGAACGGCUGGCCUUGACCGACCACUUCUUGGCGGAUGGGAUCCAGGAUCAAGCCUUUGUGCUGGAAUUUCUCCCCAACUGCAUGGCAAAUGCUAAGGCCAAUACCACUGUCGGCCUCGUCGGGCUGCUGGGUGUGUUGGUGGACCUCCUGAAUAACCUGAACACCAGUGGCCUGGCAGAAGCGGCUAGAGACAAAAUGAUCCCCGUGGACCUCUCAGAGAUGGCGGAGUUCAUUGCUGUGGUCCAAAAUCGUUUCGUCUUCUUGACAUGCAAUUGGGGGCGCACCACCGAUCCAGAUUCCGACAUGACCAGUCUGGCAUACACGCUGCAGGACAUUCUGCAGAAACAAGAGGUCUUAGAGGAAACUUGGCUUGCACCGAGGAAAGCCGUGGAACAUCGGCGAAGGCAUGAAGACCCAACUGCGCUGGUCACGCCUGAAGGGAACACUCGUGCCAGCAGGCUGAGCGCGACGCCGGACAUGCACCUCGAGCGGGUCAACAGCACUUUGGCAGCCGAGAAUCGAACUGGGCGCAACAUGUAA